GAAGAAUCGAGUAUAUAUUCCUCACCGAGUGCGCUGCCACCGAAGGGAGCUGGUUGCUGCAGGUAGUGCGUGGUACCCAAGGGCAUUGCGGCGCGCUGUGCUACACGGAGAUUGCGACGGGAAUGGAAACGAUUCGGACGUAACUCCAGCAAGGCGUUAUAAAUAUCUGUCCGUAGAUGCAUGUCGACGGCGUGUCAGUCGCCCGAGGAUGGCACCUGCACGGUCCGUUCUCCUCGACCUAACAUGAGCAACCUCGACGAUGAAGCAGCAGCGGAGAAACGUUCGCACACGCUUGACCCGAAGCAGGAAGCGGCUGUCGCUGUUCUUGCCAAGGCCGCCGGACCGGUGUUUGCCAAACCGUACAAAGGUGACCUUUUCGGCACUCGAACCAACACCAUCGACGGCAUGCUGUAUCUCUCCCGCAUCACUGUGAAGGAUCAACUCAAGAACAACGUCCCAACGCCGCUGCACACGGCUUCCGUGGACACGGCACUUCCCCAGCACCUCGAUAACCCGGCCCAGCAUAUGAGCGAAACCGGGUACCGCGCAAAGAAGCGGCAGUGCGCCAAGACAUUUGAACGCAUGAUCUACUCGCGCCUCACGCCACCGUCGUCGAAUGAGUUCGGAGCCCCCACGUCCAAAGAUAAAGGAAUGAAAUCCCUCCUGGACAACGGGAUCGUUCCUGCCCUCGUCUCCCUCGCCGCGGUCCCCGACACUCAGACGCAGUCGCACUGCGCCAAGGCGUUCUACGGACUCGCGCAGGUCCCGUGCACGCGCCGCCUUCUCGUGCUCCACAACAUCGUGGGGACGAUCUCGCUUCUCGUUCGACAUGGUGACGCCACCCGAAGCAAGUUCAAGCAAGAUCUUGCCGCCAUCCUCGGCCACAUCACAGAGGAGAGCUUCCUCGAAGACAAACUACUCCACGACGGGGUCGACCGUGUGCUCGUCAAGCUCUACCACGGCCAUAACGCCGAAACGAAGCGCAUCGUCGCUCUUGCUUACUUCAAUCUGUCGCACAACGCGAGCCAGCUCAAGCACUACAUCGACGCGUUCACCCAGUGUAUCACGACGGUGUGCAAGACCAUGAACGCGGCGGCCCAUCCAUCCAAAGCGACGCUACUCCUCGUCCAAGCGCUCUUUAAUCUAACGCAAACCCAGACCUUCCACAACGCCCUCAUGGCGGAAAACGCCCAUCGCAUUCUAUCUCUUCCCGUCGCUCACUUUUGCAAGUGCCACCAACACAAGUCGCGCCCCACGGAGCCAGUCGAGGACGACGCGAUCGAGUUUGGACUCAAAGGGUUGUUUCUGCUGGCAGCAACCAAGAACGGCCGACAGCAUAUCGUCCAAGACGGCCUCGUUCCAAGCAUCGUCGCGUGCUUGAGCCUUGGCGGAGCGAUUGCCGACACCGUGUGCAGCAUCCUGUACCAGCUCUCCAUGGACGAGUCGUGCCGGGAUGCGAUGGUGCAUGACAUGGCAACGAUUGUGGACAACAUCGUGCACAUCUCCACGUACGGGUACUUUACCAUGUCGUGGGUGUUUCGCCACGUGUGCGCCACGCGGGCGAUCUAUCCGUCGCUCGUCGUCGCGGGAGUUGUCCCCGUCCUCAUGCAAAUGACUCGCGACGCCCACGACGAAAUCAAACUCAACGGCAUCAGCUGCAUGUGCUGCCUGCUGCAGUGCGACCUCCAGCUCGACGACGCGACAGGGUGCACGGAACGGAUCAUUGUGGAUUUGGUGCAGUUUCUCCAGUCUCCCAUCGAGUCGAUCGUGGUCUUUGCCAUCACGGCGCUCUUCAACUUGUCCUGCAACGACACGUUAAUCCCUUUCCUGUCGGCCCCAUCGACCGGGCUCGUCGACGCGCUCAAGCACGUCAUUCGCCCUCCGUCGCAUUCCCACCGCCGUCCGACGGAAAAAGUAACCAACGUAAUGUUGCCCCUCAUCUACCAACUCGCCCCCACAACGCGCGUCGUCAUGCUUCAGUCCGGGUUCUUCGAUUUCGUCGCAACCGCCAUCUCGACCACGUCCGGCGCCCCCCGCCACGCUGCCUUGGACACGAUGGUUCAAUUUGCAUUGGACCCGGCCGAGUUUCCACAAGGCACAGAUGAUGUUCGAGCGCUGGUGAAGGCUUUGUACACACUCAAAACGAACAGCGACACGAUAGCCCUUCGGUCAUGUGUGUCGCUCCUGGCCCACCUGACAACGUCCCCGAAGAACCGCGACGUGCUCCUCAAAACAGGAUGCGCCGUGUGCCUUGCCCGCAUCUGCAACACUGCCGACGACUUCAUCAUGGGCAACUGUGCAUACAUAUUGUAUUGUCUGGCGGACACGAUUGAGGCCGUCGAAGUCAUCGUGCGGGAAGAAGCGAUUCCAGUGCUGAUUCAGCUCAGCCGCGCAUCCAACGACACUGUCAAGGAGCUGUGCAUUUUGACCUUUUGCCGCAUCUCAGCGCACUCGAACAUGGAAACAAAGCUCGUCGAGCAAGGGGCGAUUGCGGCGUCCAUGAUCAUGGCGCUUGUCGCGACCAAGAGCGAUCAAAUUAAGACGUUGUGCAUCAAGAUAAUCUCCAACUGCCUCUCCGUUCAAGCCAAGCACUGCACGCGAACCAUGAUCGACCAUGGCGUGUUUUGGGCCCUCAGCUCCCUGUCGACGUUGCCGUUUGCCGACACCAAACACGCCUGCGCAACUUGCUUUUGCAAUCUCUCGUCGGCAUAUCCACUCAAAAUGAUUGAAGCGGGCGUCCCGAGGGCCCUCGUCCAGAUCGUCGAGACCGGUGACGGCCCGACCAUCGUGGUUGGGCUUCAAGCCAUUGCCAACCUUCUCCACAACGACAAGGCUUGCGGGAUCCUCGUCAACGAAGGCAUCGUGAAAAUUUUACGGCGGCUCGUCGACGACUCCAAUGCCGCGGUCGCGCAUGCUGCAGCCAUGGUGUUCCUGAAGACGUCGCGCGCGGACGAUAAAUGCCGCAUUGAAAGCAUUCGGAAUGGUCUCCUGCCGUGGAUGCGCUCGAUUCUCUCAAACGAAUCGUUGGUCCUCCAGUGUCUCAUCACGCUAUGCGACUGUACCGCCAACCGCGCCGCCCAAGUCCACAUGCAUCCGGCGCACGCAAUGGACAUCCUUCGCAUUGCAUCCAUGUCGACGGCACUGACGUCCGCGACCACUCCCGACCGCAUGGGUCUCACUGUCCAGGCCCUGUACAACUUGACGUGCCAGCCAUCCAAACUCCUCGAGCUGGUGCAAGCCGGCGCCCACAACUUCUUGCAACAAGGUCUCCGCGCAGACGAUCGCGAUCUGUCGAGCUUGUGUGUUUUAUCGCUGUACAACUUGACCUGCGUGUUGGACGAAACCGCGCUGUCGGCGCUGGUCGCGAGCGGUCUAACGCAGGUGCUGCAUGACACAUACCUCCUGGACCUUGAAAAAGCGUGGUGCGUGCUGUCCAUUUGCAACUUGGCCCUGGGGAAGGUCAACUCGUCGCGGAUUGUGAUGGAGAACGGCGGCGUCGUCUUGGUCGAUUACGUGCAGUCAAAUGAAUUUCGCCCAGCGACUUCGCUCGACGCCGCCGUUCCACCGCCGUUGGCGUCGACAGUCGCUGCAGCAUUUCGCAAGCUGAUCAACCCCCCCGGGAAUCAAAAGGCGAUGGUGGAGCUCGGUGUCGUCCUGUCGUUCGUUCGACUCCUCAGCGACGCCACUGCGCCAUACGAUAUCAUCAUCACGUGCUUAGAGUCCCUCACGAUUCUUACACGCAACAAAGACCACAUCUGGCGCAGCUUGUCCGACGGCUUGCUCGGGUGCAUCCUCGACAUUAGCGACCGCAACGAAGCCCAGUCUACCCCCGACCCGACCAUCGGUGCCCAUUGCUUCACAGUGCUGUCGAACCUGUGCGCCGUGGACUUCGACUCCGCCGCGCCCACCCAUCCGCACAACAUCCGCGCCAACGCCAACGUGAUCGCAUACCUGACGCAACUGUCCGAAUACAGCACAAAACAGAACCCUGCGGGCUGUACCCCAAUCGUCCAGCCGGCACGUGUCCACUCGCAGGUGCAUUCACGAUUCCUUGCGCCGUUGCCCCCGGGCAUCCCAUGCAACAACGCACAUGUGUCACCAUCGUACUCCGUGCCAUGGGAGAAAUGCUGUGCACACAACUGCCCGGCCCUUCCUUCGCCCAUUGGAUGUGUUUGGUCGCCAGUCAACAUCUCCGUGUUUACCAAACACCUCCCCGAUUCGUUCAAGCUGCCGCGCUUCGAGAUUCUUGAGAAGAUUCCACUCGUCCGGGACUACGCAGACACGAGCGAAGCUGCGCACAGAUAUGUUGUCGGUAUCAAGGGGCUCGUCCGACUGCAGGUCCAAGCACACAACCAGGCAAUGCUCAGUCUCCGACGAAAGAAACUUGCAGCUUCCAGUCAUCUUGACAACUUGCAGGACGCAGUGGACACGUCAGUGGCCCGUCCUUUGAGCGGCAAGACGCGCAAGGAAGCGUCCUCCUCCAAGCAGACGACCCUGCACAAUCCCAUGAGCCGACUGCGCGCCAAGCGGUCGUCGUCCCUCAAGUAUUUAGUUCAAAAGUAAAGAUCGGCCAUGUUCAUACUGUAACCAAUCAGGUGCCUUGAUCAAAAUCAGUCGCAUUUUGAUUGGCUGAAGGGAAUCUGCCCACUGCUCGUCGGGACGAACACGCGGACGGCGCAAGCAUGAGCAUCCCCCACACGCCGUUAAACAGUCCCAUGCGCAAGACCAAGAGCAUGAAUGACAUGGCGACGAGCGUCGUGCAAUGGCCGUGCACUGACGACUCCUUCACGCGAUGUAUCGCUUCGCUGCCUCUGGUGUGUGGUCAACUCUGGCGUGUGCGAGGCCUCUCAUCCCAUCCGCGCAGAUUCGAACGCCGCAAGCAUGCGUCCCCACACAUACCACAGACCCUCCUUCGCACCAAGUGAUCACGAGCGAGCCGUUGCACAAUCUUUUGCGGAGCUUCUACCGCGCUGCGGACGCCAAGCUAAAGCGCGAAAUGACAGAUCAAGUGCCCGUGGACCGACCAAAUAAGAUUCCCCGGAUAACCUAAUUAGCGCAACGUCGGGUGUGUUCGAUCAAGUAGUUGAAAAUUGGUCCAGAUCUGCGUCUGGGUGACUCAGUUGGUCCGUCCAAGUCAAAAACGAGUUCAACUCGUCCUCGUCCAGCGAGUCUUCGUCGUCUUCUGGUUGUUGAGGAAGCGGCGACGACAUGUCGAUCAUGGGCAACUGCACGGGAGGACGGACUGAGGCUGUCGGCGGUCCUUGUGGAAUAACUGGUUGUAAUGCCGUGUGCGGAGUGAUUGACGGUAGAUGAACGUCCUCGCGGUGUGUUGGUGUCGUCGAUGGAGUGUUCUCUGCGGCAGGCGCAGUCCACCGCUGUCUCCUCCGUGCAACUUCGUCAAUGCUGGUGCUGACACGUGGGGUCUUGGGUUUCGUCGUUUGCCUCUUGACAAGUUUCUUCGUGGGGGCCAAGAUAACUUCGCGUGGAUCAUGAUUCGGUGAGUCCUGGUUGCUCGGGAUAGAUCGCCCUGUCAAGAGGGACCUUCUGCUCUUCCGAUGGGUCGUCGGUGGGACAACUUCCUUCGUUCUGUUCGCCAGGAGCAUCGCAGGGAGUUUGGAUAGUAUCGGUUCCAUCAUUUGGCGAAUGCUGCAGGUGAAUCAAUACUCGAGACCCCCUC